GCGCCGAUUGGGGACUGAGCGAAGCCUACCCGGUCAACCCGGGUGGGGGCUGCUUGUUAACAGUUCAGAUUCAGGGCCCCACUCGACAAUCUGAGGCACUGGAUCUCGCGUGGGCUCGCGGUUUGUGGUGCACUGUAGUGAGCUUUCCUGCAGAUUCUGACUCGGAUCGUCCUUGGGCUUCUCACUUUCUGCUUUUGAAGACCCGCGUUCAGACCUCCCCAACCGCCCCCAGGCGCCCCUCGGCGUCUUGGGGAUCCCUGGGCCCGCCCGCUCUCCGGACGGCCCCGCCUCUCGUAUUCUGAUUGGCUCUUCGCUCGUCCCGCCUCCGCAGCAACUCUUCUCUUCUGGUUGGCCAGCAGCGAGACCGUGGCGAAACCUGAUCCAAUGGGCGCUAGAUCUCAGAAAACGUAGCCCGGAAGUUGGUCCUGCCGUUGGUUUGUGAACGCUGAACUCGCGCGCUGGGAGUUCCGGCGUGGGAGCCGAGGGCUGGGUUUUACGUGGGUUCCCGACGCGGGCGGGAGAGCGGCCCUUGGGGAGGCCCUGGCGGGGAGGGUUGGGAACCUGGCGCCACGGCGUCCGGAACCGCCUGGGGCCGAGGCGCCAGAGCCGGCUGCGCCGGGGCUGGAGGUGGGCCCCUCGCCCGGGACUUGGAGCCCCGGGUCCGCCGGCUCCUGCCGACACCGCCCACCCCCUCACGGGGCCCGGGGCGCCUCCCCAGGCGGGCGCAGCUGGUUUGGGGGCUAAGGCACCCUGGGAGCCUGACGAUGGCGUCGGGCCCCGGCGCCCAGGAGCGGGAAGGGCUCCUGAUAGUUAAACUGGAGGAGGAUUGCGCCUGGAGCCAGGAGCUGCCCCCACCCGACGCGGGGCCCAGCCCCGAGGCCUCCCAUCUGCGCUUCCGACGGUUCCGCUUCCAAGAGGCAGCUGGUCCCCGGGAAGCCCUCAGCCGGCUGCAGGAGCUUUGCCAUGGGUGGCUGCGGCCUGAAAUGCGCACCAAGGAGCAGAUCCUGGAGCUGCUGGUGCUGGAGCAGUUCCUGACCAUCCUGCCCCAGGAGAUCCAGAGCAGGGUGCAGGAGCUGCAUCCGGAGAGCGGCGAGGAAGCUGUCACUCUUGUGGAGGAUAUGCAGAGAGAGCUUGGGAAACUGAGGCAACAGGUCACAAACCAUGGGCGGGGAACUGAAAUGCUUUUGGAGGAGCCUUUGCCUCUGGAAACAGCACAAGAGUCACCGAGCUUCAAGCUGGAGCCAGUGGAGACUGAGCGAAGCCCUUGCCCCAGGCUGCAGGAGCUGCUAGGCCCCAGCCCCAAAAGGGACCCCCAAGCUGUAAAGGAGAGGGCAUCAUCCGCUCCCUGGCUUUCUCUCUUUCCUCCCGAAGGGCACCUGGAAGAGAAGGAGAUGACUGGGCCCCAGUUGCCUGGCAGCUUAGAGGACAUGGCUGUGCACACCUCCCAGGAGGCGUGGGGACAUCAGGAUCCUAGUAAGAGGGCCCUCUCCAGGGACACGGUGCAGGAGAGUUAUGAGAAUGUGGACUUACUGGAGUCUCAGGUUCCCAGUCAGGAGGCCCUAAGCACCCAGGUGGAACAAGGAGGAAAGCCAUGGGAUCCUAGUGUCCAGAGUUACAAGGAGGGCCCAAACCUCAGAAGCCCAGUUCCAGGGGAAGAGAAAUUUGAGAACCGGGAGGAAAUUGCUCCAUCUGUUUCCCUUGAGAACACCCACCCUCAGGAGCUCGUCCCCGGGGAGGUACCCUGGAGUCCUGAGCAGGGAAGACCUUGUGACAGGUCCGAAGGGCCUUGGGACCCUCCCUCAGUAGAUCAAAGGGACCACUCUUUAGUGGAGGCCACAAGUUGCAGAGCACUGGGGAGACCAAAGGAACUGCAGCCAAAGAAACUCCAUUUAUGUCCCUUGUGUGGCAAAAAUUUCUCUAACAACUCGAACCUAAUUAGACACCAGAGAAUACAUGCAGCAGAAAGACUGUGCAUGGGCAUGGACUGUGGUGACCUCUUAGGUGGGAACCCACAUUUUCUUUCACUACACAGAGCACACCUGGGAGAAGAAGCCCAUAAGUGCCUUGAAUGUGGAAAAAGCUUCAGUCAAAAUACCCACCUGACUCGCCAUCAGCGCACCCACACUGGUGAGAAGCCCUAUCAGUGUAAUGUCUGUGGGAAAAGCUUCUCCUGCAACUCCAACCUCCACAGGCACCAGAGAACACACACAGGUGAAAAGCCCUACAAGUGCCCUGAGUGUGGGGAGAUCUUUGCUCACAGUUCCAACCUCCUCAGGCAUCAGAGAAUUCACACAGGAGAGAGACCCUAUAAGUGUCCUGAGUGUGGGAAAAGUUUCUCUCGUAGUUCACACCUUGUCAUUCAUGAAAGAACUCAUGAGCGAGAGAGACUUUACCCCUUCUCUGAGUGUGGGGAAGCGAUGAGUGAUGGCACCCCCCUUCUUACAAAUCACAGAGCCCACAAGGCAGAGAAGAAACUCUUUGAAUGUUUAACUUGUGGGAAGAGCUUUCGCCAAGGGAUGCACCUUACCAGACAUCAGAGAACGCAUACGGGAGAGAAACCAUAUAAAUGUGCCCUCUGUGGAGAAAACUUCUCUCAUAGAUCUAACUUGAUCAGGCACCAGAGAAUUCACACAGGAGAAAAACCCUAUACCUGCCAUGAGUGUGGAGACAGUUUCUCUCACAGCUCUAAUCGGAUUCGUCACCUCAGAACCCACACAGGUGAGAGACCCUAUAAAUGUUCUGAAUGUGGAGAAAGCUUCUCUCGGAGUUCACGCCUUAUAAGCCAUCAGAGAACUCACACUGGAUAGAAAUAAUGGGGUUUCUCUUGGACCAGGGAAGGUGGCUUAUUCAGAAGGUCCUGUUCUUACAAGCUGGUCUUCCUUGUCCACCUGAUCAAGUGACCCAUAUGUUUUUAAGGUAAUUACUAUAAAGAAGAAAAGGGAGUCAUUGUGAAGGAGGUGCAGAGGCAGCAAAGGAUUACCGUAAAGCUAAAAAGGAAUUCUGUUGGAACUAGUGAGGAUUGCAACUCUUGGAGGUGACCUGUUGAAGAUGGAAUUUCCUAAGUCCAUCCUGUUCAUUUACACUGUGAUUGGGUGCCUUACUGUGCCUAGUGUCUAGCUCAGCAACUCUGGAAAUCCAAGUGAUAAUUCCUCUUUCCUCAUUUUGGACAUUCCGCGGGACCGCUUAGGCUCCUGAGGCCCUUGAGACCAAAAAAGAAGACCUGAAGUAUCCUGAAAAAUUAGCCAGAAGUCAACAGAAGCCUGGUUGUCAGUUGCAGCUGUCCUGAAGGCCCUGGCUGGGGAGCCAUGGGCAGUCCAGAGCCAGCUACCAUAGCGCUCUUCAGUGGCCUGACAGGAGUGCCACUGACAGGCCACACAUGUAAAUGUCACCUCAGACAAAAGGAACCAGAGACCUAUGGGAAACAGUAAGAUGGAAUUUUCAUGUCAGCCCAAGAAUUGGCAGAGGAAGCAGGAGUCUGAAUUAGUCUACCCUUUGGAGGGAUCUAGACUUUUCACCUACCUGUCAGAAAUAGAUGGCACUCUGGAGUCUUGUUCCCUGGGUAAAAGAUUCCGUGAAAGAUGGAUUUUCCCUGGAAAGCUUUGAAAACUUGGGUCCGAGGGAAAUUAGGGAUUAUGCCCAUCCCUGUUGAAAGUAUGUUUGGAUGGUAAUAAAUAUCUUAAGGAAAUA